AUGGAGGAGGACUUAUCAAAUUCAGACACAACUGUUGCAACAGGAAUUUUAGACUAUUUAAUGUGUGUGGUUGGGAUAGCCGGGGCUUUGAGUGCCAUUGGGAUUUCAAUCCUCUUACUGCUAUUCAGCUGUGCCGUUGCUUAUGGAGCUUUAGGAGAAACUGGUCAGUCAUUAGUAUGGAUGGGACUUGAGUCUGUUGGGGUAACUGGACUCAGUCUUGCUGUUGUUGCAUUAGCAGUUGUUGGACAUCUGGCUGCAGACGCAGCUGUAAGUUGGCUGGAGGUGGAGGGUGAAGCUGCAGGAGUCGUGGCAACAAUAGCUGGAGCGAGUGUAGCAGCUGUUAUAUUAACAUUCGUAGCAGCUCUUAUAGCUGAGACGAUAAGAAAACAAGUGGAAACACCAGUCAGACAAAUCUCUGCUCUGAUCGGCUUGAUGGAGGGCUGGGAAUUUCUGUCUGACAUGGGAAUAUCAGUGGAGACGCUGAUGGUUGGGUUUGCAAUGGCUGCACUGAUGGAUGCUGCAGUGAGCACAUUACCUUUCAGCUUUCUUGCAGGAGCAGGUUUGGGGUUCUUCAUAAACUCUUCCAGGAGAAGAAACAGGAGAAGUGGAGGAAGAAACCGAAUGGAUGAGGAGGAUGAAGAUUUCAGUUCAUGGAUAUGUACUAAUCUGAGCUGUCAUAAAUUACAUGUCGUUCCACACCCAGAUGACCUUGAUUCCUUUUAUUUUUAUUUAAUUGUUUUAGAUCUGAGGAUUGUGAUUGUGGGUCAAUCUGGAGUUGAAAAAAGGGCCAUAGGAAACACAAUUCUGGGAAACAACCUGUUCAGAGUAAAUGUUUCAUCUGAAUCUGAGACCAUACAGUGUGAAACACAUCAGAAGAUGGUUGAGGGUAGAAACAUCUCAGUGACUGACACUCCAGGACUCUUUGAUACAUCAAUCUUGAAGAACAACCUAAAGUCUGGAAUACAGAAGUGUGUAGAGAUGUCUGCUCCUGGUCCUCAUGUGUUUCUGCUGGUCAUCAGACUGGAUGUGAGAUUCACAGAUGAGGAGGAGAUGACCGUAAGAUGGAUUCAAGAGAACUUUGGAAAAGAUGUUCUGAACUAUGCUAUGAUUCUGUUCACUAGAGGAGAUUCCUUAGACAAACCAAUACAUGAUUUUCUGAAAGAAAACCAAAAACUGAUAGAUCUAAUUGCUAUGUGUAAAGGUGGAUAUCAUGUUUUUAAUAACAAAAUAAAAUAUCCCGCUCAGGUUACUGAACUGUUAGAGAGAAUAGAUGGACUGGUGCAGGAGAACAUAGGACAGCAUUACACAAAUGAGAUGUGUCAGGAUGCUCAGAGGAAAAUCACUGAACAACAGGAGGGAAAGAGAGAAGAGGAACAUAAAAAGAUACAAAGAAAGGAUGAUCUAAAAGGAAAACAGGAUGAACUAAGAAAGCUAAAUGAUGAUGUGAGAAAGAAAGAGGAUGAACUAAGAAAGCUAGAUAAUGACAAGAGAAAGAGAGAUGAUGAACUAAGAAAGCUAGAUAAUGACAAGAGAAAGAGAGAUGAUGAACUAAGAAAGCUAAACGAUGACCUGAGAAAGGAAGAGGAUGAACUAAGAAAGCUAGCUAAUGACAAGAGAAAGAAAGAGGGUGAACUAAGAAAGCUAAACGAUGACCUGAGAAAGGAAGAGGAUGAACUAAGAAAGCUAGCUAAUGACAAGAGAAAGAAAGAGGAUGAACUAAGAAAGCUAGAUGAUGACCUGAGAAAGAAAGAGGAUGAAAAGAAUAAGAGAGAAAGAGAACAGAGAGAGAGAGAGGCAAAACUGAAAAUCAUAGAGAACAAACUAAUGAAAAAAAGAGAGCUACAAAAGAAAUGGUUAAUGUACACAAUUCUUAGACAGGAUGACAACACAGGAAGCAUCAAGACAGUGGCUGUAUGGACAAUAGUUGCUGUAACUAUACUUCUGUCUGCCAAUCCUGUACUGAUAAUUCCUGCAGUCAUAAUAGCUAUAAUAGUAUAUUAUGUACAAGAGUAACUUAUAUCAAAUACAUAAUAUACAAAGUGAAAAACUUAGGAAAGUGGCUUACCCAAACAAAGUUGCUGGGUUGUUCUUUUUCGUAAAAAAAAGGUUGGAUUAUUUGAAAGAGGUUGAGGUUUGUUAGAAGGGUAAUUCAGGGAACUAUAAAAUAUUUACAAUUGUAAAAGCACACAAAUUCAAUAACAAGACCACAUUUCUGCAAGUAAUGCAAUUACACAAUACUGUAAGUGUAAAUGUG